UUUUUAAGUAGUACCUGUCAGCUCCAGGGACACUUCAAGUUGAAUGGAAUGUACCAGGAGGGAGAUUUUAUACUUGGAGGCCUGUUUGAGGUUCAUUUUUUCACAUUGUUCCCUGAGCUUAGCUUCAAAUCAGAGCCAGAACCUCCAUAUUGUGAAAAAUUUGAUAUGGAAAGCUUCCAGCAGGCACAAACUAUGGUUUUUGCUAUAGAUGAGAUCAAUAAGAAUCCAAAUCUGCUGCCAAACAUCACUCUUGGCUACCAUCUUUAUGACAACUGUGUGAUGCUAGGAAUGGCAUUUCGAGCUGCCAUAGCCCUGGCUAGUGGGACAGAGGAAUACUUCUCCAACCUAAACUGCACUGGGCCUCCUCCAGUGAUUGGGCUUGUGGGUGAUCCUGGAUCAACUCCAUCUAUUGCGAUUUCCAGUGUCCUGGGGCUGUUUCGAGUACCUAUAGUUAGUCACUACGCCACCUGCUCCUGUUUGAGUGACAGGAAAAAAUAUCCCUCUUUUUUCAGAACAAUCCCAAGUGAUGCCUUUCAGGUGCGGGCUAUGGUUCGAAUCUUGAGCCAUUUUGGAUGGACCUGGGUUGGUCUCAUCUACAGUGAUGACGAUUACGGUAUCUAUGCAUCUGUGUCCUUCCAGCAGGAAAUGCAGCAAUUUGGAAGCUGCAUUUCUUUUUCUGAAAUCCUUCCCCAUGAUAAUAACCCCAAAGAUAUUCAGCGUAUAAUGGAAGUAAUUCGGGCCUCUACAGCUAGUGUGGUGGUUGUUUUUUCAACAUCAUCCUAUCUGAUGCCUUUGAUUGAUGAGGUGGUGUUACAAAACUUGACAGGCAGGCAAUGGAUUGCAAGUGAAGCUUGGGCCACUUCACCAGUAUUUCACACUCCGCGUUACUUGCCUUUCCUGGGGGGAACACUAGGCAUCGCUAUCAGGCGUGGAGAGAUCCUGGGAUUACAAGAGUUUCUGCUACAUAUUCAUGCUAGCAACAAUCCAAAAAAUCAUAUGCUGAAGAUCUUCUGGGAGAACAUGUUCAGGUGCAGUUUUGAAACUUGGGGUAAAGAGACAACUGGACAGCAGGAGAAAAGUGUCUGUACAGGACAGGAGGAUCUGAGUACCACCAAAACUCCAUACACUGAUGUUUCAGGAUUAAGAGCAUCUUACAAUGUCUAUAAGGCCGUUUAUGCACUGGCACAUGCACUUCAUGACUUAAUGGAGUGUGAGGAGGGUAAAGGACCAUUUGAUGGGAACAGCUGUGGCAACAUAACAAAUCUGAAUCCCUGGCAGCUGGUCCACUACUUACAAAAAGUGAACUUCAACACUGGUUUUGGAGAUCAUGUGUCAUUUGAUGAGAAUGGAGAUGCUCUGGCAAUCUAUGAUGUGCUAAACUGGCACCCAAGCUCUGAUGGAUCAAUAAGAUUACACACGGUUGGUGUUGUCAAUGAAGGGGCAGGAACAGGGAAGGUGCUCACACUGGAUGAGGGUGCAUUAUACUGGAACUUUCAGAUAAAAAACCCCCCACGGUCUGUGUGUAGUGAGAGCUGCCCCCCAGGUACCAGACAAGCGAUGAGGAAGGGUCUUCCUAUCUGCUGCUUUGACUGCCUGCCAUGUGGAGAUGGAGAGAUUUCUAAUGCAACGGAUUCCACUGAAUGCAUGACAUGUCCAGAUGAAUUCUGGUCCAAUUUUGAUAAAAAUCAAUGCAUUCCUAAGGAAGUAGAGUUUCUGUCCUAUGAAGAUCCUCUGGGCAUCUCUCUGACCACUGCUUCCCUGCUUGGCACCUGCUUCUGUGCUCUUGUGAUGAUCAUCUUUGCUCUACAUCAUAACACUCCCAUAGUACGAGCCAACAAUUCAGAGCUCAGCUUCCUGCUGCUCUUGUCACUCAAACUGUGUUUCCUGUGUGUUCUUCUAUUCAUUGGCCAGCCCCAGUUGUGGACUUGUCAGUUAAGACAUGCUGUGUUUGGCAUAAGCUUUGUCCUGUGCAUCUCCAGCAUUCUGGUCAAGACCAUGGUGGUAAUAGCUGUGUUCAAGUCAUCUCGUCCUGAGGGUAAAGGAGCAAUGAAAUGGUUUGGAGCAGCUCAACAAAGAUGCACAGUUCUGGUCCUCACGGCCCUCCAGGUUGUGAUAUGUGCAGUCUGGCUAUCAAAUGCAUCUCCAACACCCAUCAAGAACAACCAGUAUAUCCGUUCUAAAAUAGUAUAUGAAUGUGCUAUUGGUUCAGUGGCUGGUUUUUCUCUGCUGCUGGGAUACAUUGGACUAUUGGCCGCAAUAAGCUUCCUGUUAGCUUUCCUGGCUAGAAAUCUUCCAGAUAAUUUUAAUGAAGCAAAGUUCAUCACUUUUAGCAUGUUAAUCUUCUGUGCUGUAUGGAUUGCAUUUGUUCCAGCAUAUGUUAGUUCACCAGGUAAAUAUGCAGUGGCUGUUGAGAUAUUUGCUAUUUUAGCUUCUAGUUUUGGCUUACUGGUGGCCAUAUUUGCUCCAAAAUGCUACAUAAUACUUUUACAUCCAGAGAGAAACACUAAAAAAGCCAUAAUGGGUAAAGAAACAAAAAAGAGAUAA